UGGGAAAAGAUGGCAUUUGACUCUUUUCUAUGGCUCCACGUGAUGGAAUGAUGCUUUUAUUCAUAAAGUGAUCAACAAUGAAUUGAAUUCAUAAAUUUGUAAUGGCUCAUCCCGCAGACAUGAGUUAACAUGUGAUUUUGGCUAUCAGGUAACUGUUGGACUAGGCAACCUAAUUGAAUGAAUCAAAAUCAGUGAAAGCCCCGGCGACAGCCGAGUCACCAGAAAGUGGAGAGCUGGACAUAAGCGGCUCAUCAACGGUUGGAGAAGAAGCGAAAAAGGAUGUUCAGCAAUCUCUUUUGAAACCCGCCAAAUUUGCGGGUGAACUGAAUCCAAUUGGAGCAGUAGGUCAAAAUUUGCGAAACGAAAAUCAAAUUACUUUGGCAACUAACCAGCCAUCAUUGCCAGUGCAAUCGAUAACCGGAGGUCACUGAUGCCGUCGUUUAGCACUGGCCAAAACAGUGGACCACAUCAUCCACACAAUCCCUCGGAGAAAGCCAUCAAAUUAUGGAAAGAACACGGCAAGCCGGCUACUGUGGACAUGCUUAGUGCUCUCUACGGAAUUAUUUUGGUAGUUAUGGGCGUGGCCUUUCCUACUUCUCAAGUCAUUUCCAUCAAGAUCCCAUCUCACUACUACGAGGGCUUCUACGCUUAUCUCUACUUUGUGUCUAUUGGUUUCUUCGGUUACAUUUACGUCCUCUUGCAAACCCAAUUCAACUCGUUCACGUGGAAAAAAAGUUGGCAUCAACUGGCACUGCGUCACAAGACACCCGAAACAAAAGCUGAGGACGAUUGCGCCUUUGAAGAAAAUCGAGUUUUAUCCAUGGAGGAUAUCAUGACCAAUCAACUCCGGGUGACUGCAGCAAACAACUCGAUCCCAGACGAAAUACAAAUCACGGAUCCUUUUACCUCCGCAUGGGAGCCAUCGGGUUAUAGAAGUAGUAGGUUAUAACUUCUCCAGUAUUUGGAGUUGGCUCAAUGAUCUAUUCGGGGCUGAAAUUUUCUCAAUACUUUGAAAGUUCGUCCAAUCCAU